AUGAAAGCUUGACGUAAAAGAAUUUGACAGCUGCAUAGUGCUGUCAAAGUCAGAGCACAAUUAGUGUUGGUAAAUAGUCGCAUACAACCCUGCAUAUGACAGCCGGCCCCGCAGCUGAUGUUGGCAUGUAAAUAAACAAUGCUUGCAACUGCAUUGCAACUACUGACCGUUGGCCUGCUGUGGGGCGUGACGAAUCCCUUUAUACGCCUGGGAAGCCAAGGCAUUGAGUCUGUUAAGGACACAGGCUCUAGGUAUCGAAAUUUUCUUGCCGAGCUGCAGAUGAUUGGCUCACGCCUGCAUUACUGGAUACCAUUUGGGCUCAAUCAAUGUGGUAGUGUGCUGUAUGUGUGGACAUUGCGUACCGCCAAUAUAACUGUUGCUGUGCCCGUGGCGAAUUCGUUAAGUUUUGCCUUUACAGCUAUAACGGGUUAUCUGCUCGGCGAACAGCUGCCUGGUAAAAAGAUAAUCAUUGGAACGUUGCUUAUAUGUUGUGGAAGCAUACUCAUGAUAUGUGACAAGUUGCUACAAGAACAGCAGAGCCACAGUAUAGAUUUCCAAUAAAUAGUUUUUAUUCUUAUUUCUCGUCUUAAUGUAUUGUUCCACAUAUUAACUAAAUGUUUAUUAAAAUUGUGUUUAUAGGAAU